AUGCCUCGCUUUGAAGACGCUGAUUUCGCGGUCGUGUCCGCUCCUGGUACUCCUCUCGCCGAGGGUCCAAAUCCCUUCGCGGCCACGCGCCCUGGUCUCUCGAGAGGCAACAGUGGCCUGGCCAUCCCCUCGGGGAAUGGCAACACCGUGGAGGUCCCUGCCUCGCGCAGUACACUCAGUGAUGCCGCUGCGCUGAUGCACAACCUGAGCCUAUCACCUUCUAUGAAGGAGCGUCGCGGCUCCCGCAACUCCUUCGGUACCUCUCUUCCCAUUCCUCGCUCGCCUCGUCAAUCCCGUCUGGGCUCGAAGCGCCCUGGCGUCUCUCAGGACAUCCUGGCCUCGCAGGUUCAGGAUAUGUCCAAGGAGAAGGUUGCUGCCGCUAAGAACAUGGCCUUCGCUUUCGAUAUUGACGGUGUCUUGUGCCACGGAACUGAGCCUAUUGAGGAGGGCAAGAAGGUCUUGAAGAUGUUGAAUGGUGAUAACGAGUUGGGAAUCAAGAUUCCGUACAUUCUUCUCACCAACGGUGGUGGUAAGACCGAGGAAGCUCGCUGUGCGCAGCUUGCUGGCCUUCUCGAGGCCCCCAUCUCCACCGACCAGUUCAUUCAGUCGCACACUCCCAUGCAAGCCCUGUCCGAGUACUACGAGACUGUCCUCGUGUGCGGUGGUGAAGAUUUCAAGGUCCGCGAGGUCGCCGAGACCUACGGAUUCAAGAACGUCGUUCAUCCCAAGGAUAUCAUGGCUUGGGAUCCCACAAUCUCCCCAUGGGGUAUCUUUUCCGAGAAAGAUCGCGCGAACGCCAAGCCUCGUGAUUUCUCGAAGAUGAAGUUCGACGCUAUCCUGGUCUUCGCUGACUCGCGUGACUAUGCCACCGACUUCCAGAUCAUCAUGGAUCUGCUUCUUUGUGAGGAUGGCAAGCUUCUUACCAAGGCAAAGGAUCCUGUCGCCAACCGAAUUCCCAUCUACUUCUCUCAAGGUGAUUUGGUGUUCGCCACCAACCACAAAGGUCCUGCCCGUCUGACUCAGGGUGCCUUCCGUAUCGCCAUUGAAGCUCAGUACAAGGCCCUCACCGGUGUUGAACUGGAGCGUGUUGUCUACGGCAAGCCAGAGCGUGCUACCUACACCUACGCCGAUGAGGUGCUCAAGUCCUGGAUGGAGCAGAUCCAUAACGAAAACAAACUCCCCGAAAAUAUCUACAUGAUUGGUGACAACCCUCAAUCUGACAUUAUCGGUGGUAACAUGUACGGCUGGAACACUUGCCUGGUUCGCACCGGUGUGUUCCAGGGCAAGGAGGGCGAGAACGACUCUCACAACCCCGCCAACUUUGGCGUCUUCGACACCGUGUAUGAGGCUGUCACGGCGGCCAUCCAAAAGGAGCUUGGCCAGGACUUCGGGCUCAAGUGGAACCCCAAGGUCAACCCUGUCCUUUCCGGCGACGCUACCUCAGCUGUUGAGUAA